CCCGCGAUGGCGGUGAGGUGCGGCUGCCUUCUAGUCCCUCUCCUCCUCGCCUCCGACGCGAGCGGCGUCCGCAUCGCUCCCCGGCGCGCCGUCGUGCGCGACGCCGCGGCCGUGGCCGCCGGAGUCGCACUGCUAGGCCGACAGUGGCCCGCGUCGGCGGACGAGGGAGAGGGCGAGCUCGCUGCGGCGCCGGCCGCGGCCUCGGUGGCGGAGGCCGUGUCCGAGCCAGACGCUGCGCCUCCGCCUGCUCCCGCGCCGCCGCCGACGCCCAGCUUUGACGUGCCGUUCCGCGGCGAGCCCACGCCCAUCAAGCCGUUCCUUGGCCGCGCGAGCAUCGUCGUCAACGUGAAGUUUGACGACCCGGCGACGCUCGACCAGCUGCCGGGGCUGCAGGCGCUGUACGCGCGGUACAACGCCGAGGGGCUGCACGUCCUCGCCUUCCCGACCGACCAGGGCUGGUUCGAGGCGGACGACUCCAACACGCUCCGCCUCAAGUUCAAGUCGGUGUACGACUUUGGCCAGUACCCGGCGGCCGUCGUCUUUGACAAGGCAGACUUGCUCGGCGGGAACGCGCUGCCCUUCUACAGCUGGCUCACGCGCAGCAUGUCCAACCCAUGGGGCGUGCAGCGCCUCGUCUUCGACUACGAGAAGUUCCUUCUCGCCCCCGACGGCACGCCGCUGCGACGCUACCCGCGAAAGUAUCCGCCGCAGAAUAUGGAGGCCGAUAUCGAGGCUGUGCUCGCGGGCCGGCCGCUGCCGCCGCCGAGCCCGGCGCUCGCAAAGGCGUGGGAGGACGCCAAGCGCGAAGCGGUCAAGAGCGAGUACGCAUUCAAGCCAGGUUACAACUACGUCGCGGGCCGAGGCUGAGCCCGGCAGCUAGAGCAGACGCUGGGAGCGCAGAUCGGGCACUGGGCCCCGCAGGCGCAGCGCGCCGCACCGGGGCCUGGGGCCGCUCGGUCGUUGGGCGGUGGGUCGAGAGCACACCCACAGACCCGAGGCCGAGCCACCCCCCGCGCCUCACGCCCCUCAGAGCCCGCAGCAGCAGCGCCACCGUUUUUUUUACUUUACAGCCGCAUCACAC